AUGUCGUCAGAUUGGGACGAGUCCGAUAGCGAUACCCCCGCCAAAGCGCCGCCGAUUCAGAAAGUCGCAAAGAAGAGUAAAUGGGAAGGCGAAGACGAUGACGAUGAUGGGCCUGCAAGCGACUGGGAGGCAUCUUCUGACGACGAGCCAAAGGCCACAGCGCCUGCUACUACGACGGCUGCGCCGCCCAAGAAAAAGGGCACGCUCAAAGCAAAGCUCGCUCAGAAAGAGGCUGAACGACAGGCAAAGAUUGAUGCUGGCGAGGAUGAUGAAUAUGACUCGGACUCGGUUCUGGAUCCCCGGGAGAAAGCUCGUCGAGAUAGAGAGAGGGAGCUUAACGCUGAUUUAAGCAACGCGGCAGAUCUGCUCGGUGCAGCUGCUCUCGGUGGAACAUCGUCAUCCGAGCUGGACUCGCUGAUCUCGGCCCAACUACGCACGAAAGACGAUCUCAUCAAGUUUUCCGACCAGCUAAUAGAGACGAUCAUCAAACGACAUCAGAGCAAACCGCUUUACGGUGCCUUCAUUGAGCAUCUAGCGCGGGAGCUCUGCAUGCCACUCAAAGACGUCGAGGUCCGCAAAGUGGCCAGCGGACUGACUGCCCUCUCGAACGAGAAACAAAAGGAGCAAAGGGACAAGGCGAGUGGCAAGAAAAAGCCAAAGGCCGCCGGGAAACCGAUCCUUGGAGCGGCCAAGGCCUCUGGGAAGGUGGACACGGGUUUGUAUGACGAAGCACUGGAUGACUUUGGCAGCCGAGCAGACGACUUCAUGUAG